UCCACGUCUUAUUGGAAGGCCACAAGCCCAAAAGGCCCAGACCAAACACAACACAAAGACUUACUUCUUCUUCAGUCUACACAAUCAAGAGGUGAGAGAAGGGUUUAAGCUUAAACCCAGGUACAAUAGAUGGCUCUAAGAUCGGCGGCGGCAGUGGCACCUCGCGGCCUAUCACGGCUUUUCUCCACGAUUUCAACUUCUCAUUUCGUUCCUCCGCCGUCCCCUGCGGCUGCUCAGGCUCGGGAAAAGGCUGAGCCCAGCACCAACCUCUUCGUCUCCGGACUCAGUAAACGCACAACAACAGAAAAACUGCAGGAAGCCUUUUCUCAAUUUGGUGAAGUUGUACAUGCUAGAGUGGUGACUGAUCGUGUAUCUGGUUAUUCAAAGGGUUUUGGUUUUGUAAAAUAUGCUACCUUAGAUGAUGCCGCGAAAGGUAUAGAGGGCAUGGAUGGCAAGUUUCUAGAUGGUUGGGUCAUAUUUGCAGAGUAUGCAAGACCUAGACCUCCAUUUGGUCAACACGGAAACAAUAUGGCUCCUCCAUACGGUCGUCAAUGACUCCUAAACUCAAAAAGACGCCUCUCUUUAUUUAUUUUGCAUCUAUCAAUUUCUAUUUUAUCAAUAUAGUUGACAAUCUUAAUUUUAAGGUUGAGUGAUCUCAUUCAUACUUGGCAGUUUUAAGUUUUGGAGAACUUCAACCAGCCUAAUAUAUAAACCAAGAUUGAAUAGGUAAUAUAUGGUCAUCACAUUGUCAUUCAUCAUAAAUUUCGUAUGCAGAACUAUUUGCUUUAUGAACAUUUAUAAGAAUUUGAACUAUGUAAACCUUACAAGUAGAGACUCAAAGCUUUAUAAUGGAUAGAGUUGUUCA